AUGUCUAUCAUGGACCACAGCCCCACCACGGGCGUGGUCACGGUCAUCGUCAUCCUCAUCGCCAUCGCCGCCCUGGGGGCCCUGAUCCUGGGCUGCUGGUGCUACCUGCGGCUCCAGCGUAUCAGCCAGUCAGAGGACGAGGAGAGCAUUGUGGGCGAUGGGGAGACCAAGGAACCCUUCCUCCUGGUCCAGUACUCGGCCAAAGGACCAUGCGUGGAGCGCAAGGCCAAGCUGACCCCCAACGGCCCGGAAGUCCACGGCUGA